AUGUCUGCUGGCAAUCCCCUACUAUUACCCCACCCAGCCCACUCGUUUUUACAAGCGCCUCUUGUAAGGUCUGUCUCCGAGGGCGAAUCAUCUUUUCGUUUCGAUUCAUCUCCCACACGCUCAUUUGCGCGCCCCCCAAAGGUCCCGCCACUGCCAGAUCCCUCUCAGUUCCCAGACCCGUAUCCCCAACGUUCCCCAUACUCUCGUAUGUCUGAUCAACUGUCUUCCACCCUUCCUGCUCUCUCUUCUGAAGGCUCGUCUUCCGCAUCCACACGUUCAUCUGCAUACACAAGCUCCGGAAGUGCAUUAGCUUCCAGUGACUAUGGCCAUGUUCAUGUUGCGACCGGGGAGGACGAGGAGAUUGGUGUGGCAGUAGGAAUCACAUCUGAUGAUGUUGUCCAGGUGCUCCAGACCAAGACUAGCAUUCCAACGUCCGCAGGAAGGACACCGAUAGAUCAGACCAGGUGGUCAGAAUACUCUGCCAGCAUUCGUUCGAGGUCAUCUUCGAUUGGGCUCAAUAAUACUAACAGCAUACAUGAAAGUGGCACGCCACGUCUUCGGGAGAACCCUAGCUUUGAUAUGGGAUGGCAAACAGUCGAUGAGAGAGAUGAAGUUGGUUUAACAAGCGACGAAGAAACGGACGACCUAGGCGACGAAGAUGACGAGGUUGACGACAAGGAGGAGGAGAGAACGUCUGCGGCGGUAGUAGCUGAAGAGGGGCGCGGACUCAUCGUCAAAGGCGAGGGCAUCCCAAUUGUCCAGCUAAGUGUUGAACCAGGAACUACGCAUCUACUUCUCGGAUCGUCUAGCACGCCCAAUACAGUACCAGCAUUCCUGACGGGCGCCUUGCCGCAGAUAUGCAACACUUUACUUGCACUUGACAUUUCUGCCAACUUCUUGGUCGCGCUUCCUCCUGCCCUUGCUUCAUGUGAGAACUUAGAAGAGCUCAAUGUCGCGUCCAAUCCUCUUCGAGUCUUACCCGUGUUCUUGACCCAUCUUACGUCCCUGCGUGUGCUUAUCGCGGAUUCUACUGGCAUUGGGAGCCUUCCCGAUUCACUGUGCUUGCUCGACAAGCUUCACACGCUUAGCAUUCGGAGGAACAAAAUGUAUUCCCUGCCCAGCUGGCUAUGCCUCUUGCCUUCAUUGCAGGAGCUUUAUCUCGAUGGCAAUCCGUUCCAGGGUCCUUGGCAAGCUUUGGUUGAGCCGUUGCUUGCUAAAACUUCGGUGUCACCGCCUUAUCCACCCUCGACACCUAUUCCUCCUUCUCCCGCUAGCCUUCCUGACUCAUCUGUUGAGCACGAGACCGACACCGAGUCGGAGCCUACUAGUGCGGAUCGGGACGGGCCAUCCUUCUCUCGGCUCGAUGACGACACUAUUACCCCAGCCCGCGCUCCAUUCCUUGGUCGCUCCGCAACCUCCCCGUCAAUUCCACCCGUCCCCCAGACUGUUCCACGGGGCUUAACACGCACCAAGACUGCUCCCAACGGAUCAUUUUUCAGUUCAAAAUCGCGCCCCAGAACUGAAGCGACCGAUGGACCGACGAUAUCGAAGCGCGUUGAAGACUCAGGUUACUACACAGAUCAUGAUUUACGGAGAAUGAAGAGCGCAGGAGAACUACGUUCAUAUUUCGAUCGACCUGACUCUCAGUUCUCUCCGCAGGACUCACCCGUCGAUGCCCCUGCGCCCCCCGCGCUCCCGAACUAUUCGACUUCGGCGUCUAGCUCGAAUCUGCUUAGUGUGGCGGGUGGCUCUCCGGAAUCCGAUCGCUUGAUCGUACCUAAGCGGUACGCUAGUCUCGGCGUUGCGUCAUCUUUGACCCCCACGCGCAAUCUGCGGCCAUCGUUACCUCAGACACAGUUCGAAGCGCCCUCGGCCACUCCAGAACCGACAGUUCCUGAGUCUUCACGUAUCUCUGCCGUUGAGACCAUCUCGCCGGCCACUUCUCCGCGUCGACCCCUUUCACGUGAUCCGACUCGAUCCACGUCAGGUAAUGGAGAUAGGAACAGCGCUGCAAGGCAGUCUCAGUCUCACUCCAAGGACAGAGAAAAGACUGGGCGAUGGGGUUUCUUAAAGAAAAUGUCGAUGGGAAAGAUGCGACCUGGACCUGAUUCUCCUGUUCCACUUCGCCCGAACACUACGUACAGUCGCAUGCCUUUGCCCGAGCCGAUGACUGCGCCAGCCUCUACUCCCGCCACUCUAUUCUCAAGCACGCCUCAGAUUGACGUUCGCUUCUCCACUACGGAAUUUUUUGGGCCUCUCACGGGUAGCACUCCUUCAGUUGCCUUGUCCCCUCCAGUGCAAGAGGAUGACACUCCGACCUCUGAAAAGGCUUCCCCGAUUCCGCCCCCUGCUUCACCUGGCAAUUUCCUUACCCCAUCCUCGUCUCCAGUUCCACGAUCAUCCAGAAGAAGGAGCUUCUUACCAGUCGACGAUGCAGUAACCAUUCCUUCGCCGUCGCCUGUGUCCUUUAUAGAACGCCUGUCAGUCUCAGGUGAGGAUGACGCGGACGAACCAAGGCCAAGCAUAACGUCAAGUCCGGUUCCAGAUAUGGAUAGCGUCGAUUUUGCUACUCGAAGGGAGGAGGAACGAUUACGAGAGGCGUACACGCGGGCUUUGCGCUCCGUGAUGGCGUACUUGAAGGAUAUGAAUGAUCUCGGUCUGUCUCAGGGUAAUACCAUCAGCAUGUAUAACGGAGGAGAGGAGAGUUCACCGAGCGGAAUGCGCUCGCGCAGGCCGACAAUUGUGGAGAGGACGAAUUCCGACGCGUCCUCGAUGUCUAUAUCCCGAGCAGGAUCUGUGUCUGGUCAACUAAGGUCUCCCGAAGUCAUGUCCAGCUUGCGCAGUGGAACAGCUUCGCAGACUGUCAGCAUUGCCGCUUCAGACAGUUCUAUAGAGGAGCGGAAGUAUAAGGACGAUAAGUGCAAGCGUGCACUCGGUGGUUCGAGAAAUUGUCGAGUAAGGAUUUUCCAUUGUCAGGCCGUGGCGGAGGUUGCUAAUUUUGAGAUUUUAAGGACGGAGAAGACAUAUGUGAAAGGCCUCCAAGAACUUGUUGAUAUAUACGUCAAGCCUAGCGCCGCUCCCGUCAACCUGAUCAGUGGCGUCGGUUCUGGCAAAGAAACAGUUAUCCCUUCAGCAGAGAGGAGGAUCGUUUUCGGCGGCAUUGAAGCCCUGUUUUCAUUCCACAAGGAAAGCUUCCUUCCAUCGUUGGAAAAAGCAGCGGCUCCACUGCUGCAAAAGCCUCCUGCAGGAGAAGAGUUGGAUCCUGAUGGUCAAUUGUCUGUGCAGGUGGCGACGGCUGUGGCGGGAUGUUUCUUGAGAUACGCUGCCUUCAUGAGGAUGUACUCGACUUAUAUCAACAACUUCGACAAUUCUGUACAGCGCAUCAGAUUUUGGUCGACGGAUCGGCCCGUCGCAGGCAACGCUAGUCCAGGCUCUAGCGUAACGCCCUCCUCUAGCACGGCCCAACUCGGGCUUGGGAUCGCUAUCUCCUCUCCUUCGGUCCCAGGCGUGAUGUCUGAUCCAUCCUCUCCGAGUAAUACAGCAAAUUUAACGUCUGGACAACGGAGACGAAUAAAGCAUUUUCUGAAACGCUGCCGCAUGAAUCCUCGCCAUUCACAACUCAAUAUGGAAGGCUAUCUACUUUUACCAGUUCAACGAAUACCACGAUACCGGUUACUAUUGGAAGAGCUUUUGCGAAGCACUCCACCAUCAUAUACCUUUUUGGACGAUUCGUUGGACAGAGCUCUGACAGAAAUAUCCUCUUUGGCCAACAACAUGAAUGAAGGAAAACGAGAGUCUGAAUCUCGACGAAAGCUUGUUCAAUGGCAGUCAAGAAUACGAGGCAAAUUUCCCAGUCCUCUGGUGCAGCCGCAUCGACGACUCAUCAUGGACGGACCUCUAUUACUUACUAGGGUGGUGCGAAAGACGGUUGUCUCUUUUGAGACGUUCACCCCUCAGGGGGACGCCUCUCCUGUUCAAGUUGAUUGCCUGGCGCCAGAACUCAAUCCGCGCCCUCUCGUCGGAAUCCUGUGCAAUGAUCUUCUCGUCCUUUGUCGGGAUCCUAGCGACGGGAAGGAUCCGAUGUCUGCGGUCGACCUAUGGGCGGUACUGCGGAUGCAGACUUUGCCGCAGCCAGCCAGCAUUGUCCAUGGAAAUGCUUUGCGUCUGGUUGACAACAAGGCCAUCUUGUAUUUCGAUGCUCCGUCGCCUUCUGAUGCUUUGAAUUGGUUUAGAGCCAUUAAUCUGCAUAUACCGUCUUCAAAACCAUAG